GUUGCGAGUGCGGUUCGAUAGCGGAUUGAAAGUGAAAAAGUGAAGCCUGUGGCAGUUGAAAAGCAAUCAAUCAAAGUUCUAAUAUAUUUUGGACGUUUUUUGUUCAAAAUUCAAAGCCUAAAAUGCUGUUCCUGACCGCCCGAGUCGAUCACACGGCGGAACAGAUCUUCAAAAUCAAGCAACUCAGGCAGCUAGUGGAGAAGUGCGACGACUUAAUAGUGGGCACGGAGGACACGCUGCUGACCAAGUUCCUGCACUACACGCGCUGGGAUACGAUCAAGGCCUACCAGGCCAUCCACGCCUACUACGACUUCAAGAGGCGCCAUCCCGACUGGGUGGCCCGCCAUCCCAUCGAGCACUACCGUCAGCUCUUCUAUGGCACCCACUGCCGCUUCGUCAUGCCCCAGGUGGACCGGCACGGGCGGGUGCUGGUCGUCUUCAAGACGGUGGACGGUUUCCAAAACUAUCCCGACUACCUGCAGAGGCUCGUCGAGAUGGACGACCUGAUCUUCGAGUCGCUGCUGCUGUUGCCCCGCGUCCAGGAGAACGGCAUCACGGUCAUUUGCGACCUGCAAGGGACAACGCGGAAUUUCUUACGUCAAUUUUCACCUUCCUUUAUGAAGACAGUGAACGAGAAAAACGGAGUCCUGCCCUUCAGCCAGCGAAUCGUACAUAUUAUCCAGCGCGGGUUUCUCAUGCACGUUACCUCCACGCUGUUUAUGCCCUUUAUGAACAAGGAGUUUAAGGAGAGGAUAUUCACCCAUGAUGGCAAAAACCUCAGCAAACUGCGCGAAAUGGUUGGCUAUGAAAGCCUGCCGGCGGAGUACGGAGGUCCUGCCACGAAUGUCUUGGAUACGAAUUUGAUUUUCAAUCACUUAAGCCAAAACGCAGAGUACCUAGAAAAGCUACAGACUUACGGGAAGGUUUAGGAAAUUAUAGGAAACAAUUGUUGGCUAUUUUAUUAAACCUGAAUUUUGAACAAUAAACAAAUAAAUUACCAAAAUA